AUGGUUGUAAAGAGUUCUCAGUUAAAAGUUCCGUUAAAUGAGAAGAAAACGUUGGAAGCUCGAGAAAUACUAAGACAACGACAAACGUCAGAUGGAUUAACGGAAUACCUGAUUCGUUGGAGUGUAUGCAGUGAUGAAGUUAGCAACUCAAUAGACGUUGCAUCCACCUCAACCAACACCAGUGAGGAUGCUAAACACGGAAAAGAUGUUUUUCUAUGGAUGAGCAAACAUGCUUUACAAACAUGUUGUCCACACUUAUACACAACUGAGCCACAACCGAAACCCAGUGAUGGAAAUUCUUCAUCAUUUGUUCCUGGGAGCAAAAAGAUGGAGGAGGAGGAACAACCUCAGCUUGAUAUGGAGGAACUAGAUGACAUGAGAUAUGAUGUUGUAAAGUUGGUGAAUCGAGCACGAAAACAAAUGAAUCGAGUUCGUAAAGAUGCCGUUUCUAAACCAUUGUUGAGCUUGUCACAUACUAUCAAGGUACUGAGCACAUAUGCUACACUUGGAUCUCUCUCCGAAGUUUUCCGAGAAACGGGAGCACUGGAUCUUAUCCUUGAUCUUCUAUGGACGGAUGAUGCGGACACUCGAAGAUCAGCGGGAAGAAUGCUCCGAGCUCUUGCUCUUCAUGAUGCAGGAAGUCGAGCAUACGUCCUCCUCUCCCUCACACAAGACUCCACGGAGGAGAAUCACGGAGAUCGGAAGAAACAUUACGCUGACUUCGAGAAUCGUGACAUGGUGAUGGAGAUGUUUGCGGAGACGGCAUCGGGGGAAGAAGCUCAUGCUGUACAGCUUGAUUCUCUACAACUCCCACAGGUUCCAGGAAAAGCUUUAUUCACGCUGAUGAAAUGUUACCUCCGUGUUACAUCACUUAUGGACACAACGAAUGCUGAUCAGAAUAAAUCACGAUGCACAUGGAUGGUGCUUGGAGACACUGUGAACCACACACAAACAGAAAGGUUUGAAGUUGCCAUGGCAAUUGCUGAUCUAAUCAAUGAAUUAAAUCGUAUUAUGGAUUGGAACAACAAUGAGAAAUGGAGUGCUGCACAGGCAAAAUGUAAAACUGAAGAAAAACAAUUGAAUUCCUUGGCAGAUAUUAAAGUAGAUAGAAAUGCAAUG